CCCACGGCUCGCGGCCUCCGGCGGCCCACAGUGGAAGUCGGAGCGCCCCGGAGUCGGAAUCUCGACCCUGGGCUUCCCUGCCCGCUAAGGCGGCGUUUCCGAUCCCGGGCGCAUCCCCUGCUGGGGCUCUGGGCUGUGCUCCUGUCCCAGUCCCUGCGGUGGCCUGGGCUCCAGAGGCCUCAGUCGAGAUGCCGCGCCAGUUCCCCAAGCUGAGCAUCUCCGAGGUGGACGAGCAAGUCUGGCUCCUGGCCGAGAAGGUGUUCGCUAAAGUGCUCCGAGAAGAGGACAGCAACGCUGCCCUGUCCCUCUUCUCCGUGCCUGAGGACUGCCCCAUCGGGCAGAAGGAGGCCAAGGAGAGGGAGCUGCAGAAGGAGCUGGCGGAGCAGAAGUCUGUGGAGACUGCGGAAAGAAAGAAAAGUUUUAAGAUGAUUCGGUCCCUCCUGUCUCUGCAAAUGCCAACGCAGCAAGAUUGGAAGGGACCCCCGACAGCCUGCCCAGCCACGUCUGCGGCGGCUCCUGUGCUCCCCGGAGCCCCUCCCUGGCCCGCACCCGUGCCCUAUGCCAUGCCCGAGUUCCAGCGGGUCACCAUCAGCGGAGACUACUGUGCUGGGGUAAGGCAUCUCUGCGGGGGCUGUGUGAGUGUUGUGUGUGCCUUGUGCCAAAGCUGGGGUCCCGUGGGGUCAUGCCCAGCCCGGAAGCCUGGCCUGGUCUGUGGGUGUCUGGGAGGUGGCAGGCAGGAGGCACAGGAGUCUGGAGAGAAGGAGGGUUCUAGGCGAGGUAGCGGGUGUGUGUCUAGGGCGCUGCUCUCCCUGUGAGGAGGGCCUAGGGCUGCAGGUUGGUACACCGUGUGGCCCGUAGGUUCCAUAUGUGCUCUGGGCCCAGAAACACUGCUCUCUGUCCCUGUAGCCCAUUGGGGACGGUUUCAGCUUGCGCUCUUUAGUGUUCCCAGAUGUUGAAUGGAUUAAGUCCUGGUGUUGAUUGGUUUGUGUGAAAUCAGUUAUUGCUGAUUCAGCUCCUCUUCUGUGCUUGGACUCAUGUCCUUAAAUACAGGCUAGACCAGCCAAGCAGGACGAGCAGGUCUUGACAAGAAAGUGAACAAGCUUGGUUUGCACCAAGUCGGUUAACUCAGUCACUGAAAAUGUGCUACUUUCACCUGGUUGGAUGAUGCAUUUUUAUUGCUUGUUUCUUGAAGAGAAAUAUCACUUAGUGCCAGGUUUGGUUCCAUCUCCCUGGCCCUCAACCUACUACCCGUGCCUCAGUUGGCCUUGUUAUUCUGUCUCUCUUCUUUUUUAACAGUAGUUUUAGAAUAUAUAGUGUAUCUGAGAAAGCAAAGUGACUUAUUACUCUUCUAUACAUUUUCUUCUAGCUUAAAAAAAUUUAUUUUUUGAGCAAUAGAAAAUCCUUGCA